AUGCGUGGAGGAGACGUAGCAGCAGCGGAGGCAGGGUCCCCACGCUCGCCGGACCUCUACGACCUCUCCGACGACUCCGACUACGCCGCCGCCGCCGCCGCUUCCGACCGCACGGUGAUGCGGACUGAUCCGGCGGACAGAGGCUCAGAGGAGACGGCGAGGGUGGAUGUGGUAUAUGAGAAGGAGCGUGUGACUAUCCACCCAUCGCAGUAUGGCUCCGGUCGUAUCAGCGGGAAGCUGCGCCUGUUUCUGCAGCAGGGAUCAUUGUUCCUGAGUUGGGAGCCAAACGAAGGAGCCGACUCUUUGUCAACCAGUUCAGUCGGUGUGGAAAUAGAAAAAUAUAGAAAUCUGUACACUAUCAAGGCCUUGCCUUUAAGUGAUGUACGCUUCAUCCGUAGGUACACCCCAACAUUUGGAUUGGACUACAUAAUAAUUGUUCUCUCAUCAGGCCUGGCUUUUCCUCCAUUCUAUUUCUACAACAGUGGAAUUCGUGAAUUGUUUGCAACGCUGAAGCAGCACGUCUUCAUUAUCAGGUCGGAUGACGAUCCUAAUGUUUUUCUCGUCAACGACUUUCAAGAUCCCCUUCAGAAAAGCUUGUCGUCCUUGGAGCUUCCAGGAGUAGCCUCUGUAGCAAAUGCCAUGUCAAGACAAAAUUCACUCAGUUUUACUGGGUCAAAUGAUGAGUCCAGACAUGGGGCAACUUCGAGCAUGUCUCAGUAUAGCUCAAAGCAAAAGCACAAAUCAAAUGACCCAGGUCGUGAUCUUUCAAUUCAAGUCUUGGAGAAAUUCUCAUUGGUUACUAAAUUUGCACGAGAUACUACAUCAAGCCUCUUUCGAGACAAUAGUGGUGCUCAUGCUUAUGGACGGCAACAACAUGAAUACAUUUUGGACAAUAAAGCAACUGAUAAACAUAAAAAUCAGUAUAUAACACCAGAAAAGGCUUCUACACCCUCGGCAACAAUCGAGUCAGAUCCAUUACCUCUGGUAUGGGGAAAACAAAGAGAUCACCCGUUAAGUGUCAAAGAGUGGGCAGCUUUCUUAGAUCCUGAAGGUAGAGUCAUGGAUUCAAAGGCACUGAGGAAAAAGGUUUUCUAUGGGGGAGUUGAUCAUGCUUUGAGAAAAGAGGUCUGGAAAUUCUUGUUGGGGUAUCAUGAAUAUGAUUCAACAUAUGCUGAGAGGGAAUACCUUGCUGCCAUGAAACGAGCAGAAUAUGAAGCCGUAAAAUCUCAGUGGAAGAGUAUCUCAGCCACCCAAGCUAAAAGAUUCACCAAGUUUAGGGAAAGAAAAGGCCUAAUUGACAAAGAUGUGGUGAGAACAGAUAGGUCCAUUCCCUAUUACGAAGGAGAUGACAAUCAGAAUGUUGUAGUUCUACGUGAUAUUCUGUUAACAUAUUCCUUCUACAAUUUCAAUCUUGGUUAUUGCCAAGGAAUGAGUGACUUUCUGGCUCCCAUACUUUAUGUCAUGGAGGAUGAGUCCGAAUCAUUUUGGUGCUUUGCUUCCCUGAUGGAACGUCUAGGCGCCAAUUUUAAUCGUGACCAGAAUGGCAUGCAUGCUCAACUACUUGCAUUAUCCAAGCUUGUGGAGCUUCUUGAUCCUCCAUUGCAUAACUAUUUUAGGCAGAAUGACUGCUUGAACUACUUCUUCUGUUUCCGCUGGGUUCUUAUACAGUUCAAAAGGGAGUUCAGUUUCGACCAGAUCAUGCUUUUGUGGGAAGUUCUGUGGACCCAUUAUUUGUCAGAACAUUUCCACUUGUACUUGUGCGUAGCAAUCUUGAAAAAAUAUCGUCAGCGGAUAAUUGGGGAGCAGAUGGAUUUCGAUACCCUCCUUAAGUUCAUCAAUGAGCUCAGUGGUCAGAUCAAUCUUGACCGGGCUAUCCAGGACGCGGAGGCAUUGUGUACUAUUGCAGGAGAAAACGGGGCUUCCUGCAUUCCACCUGGAACCCCACCUUCAAUGCCCAUUGAGACCGAUGGUGGCCUGUAUGUGCAAGAAGACGAGGUCUUGUGA